CUAUAUAAAUCCAUCACCUCUGAAACUUAAUCUAGAGCUGAUUAAUAAAUAUCGUGUAGAUGUGUGUUUGGAGACACAUCUCUUUCUCACUGACUUCAAAAACCACCAUAUAUUUCAUUUUUUUCAGUGAAGAUACUAUCUACACACACACACACACACACACACACAAUUCCCAAAACAACAACAUGAACACCGACGGUAUCAACAACCUCUCCCUCGAUGACCAGCAGAUGGAUGUCGAUAAUGAGAGUCAGCCAUCGGGCAAUGCUCCUGAGGCGACACCGACGGACCAAGAAAUCCUGGCUCAGAUGAACGAGCGCCGCCGGUCGCUGAAAGAAAAGAAAGCUGACCUUAGCCGCGCUCUUGCCCUCGCACCUGAUGACAGCGGUGUGGCAGAAAAAGAGCAAGCCCUUGAAGGGGUUAUCCACGAGCUAACGGUGCUUGAAAAGCGAAUUCGCUUAUUCAUUGAGUCCAUGGAAGACAGGGCUUCGCUGAACGAUGCGAUGGGUCCCAAGACCAAAAGACAAGGUAAUGACCUUCCGCCCCUUUCAGAGAAUAAAAAAUUCGAAGAAUCGUUGAAAGUGACGAAGGAUAUGCCGCGUUUUAAAAACGACAGCGAUCCUAGGGCGUUCUUGGACCAGGUGAAGCACAUUGUCUGCGCCUAUGUGGGAGAUGACAUGUUUGAAGAUCAAUGUAGCCGCUACUUGUCGUAUCUCACUGUGAGCUCCUUCCACAGUCAAGCCCUCAAAGAAGAGUUUGCAAAAAGACCAAAGACGAAGCUGACCUGGGAUGAGUGCGAAGCGAUCUUUCUUAAGAUUGCAUUGACCGAGCAAGAGCGCAUCGAACAGAUAAAACAACUGUUGGCGACUGGGCGAGAGAGCAGAGAGACUUACCGCCAGUUUGCCAUGCGUAUUGCUCGAGACAUUCGCAUCUAUGGUGUCAAGGAUGACAAUGAAAUGGUUCUCACAUUAUUGAGUGCCACCGUAUCUCCUGAUACUCUCAACAACAUGGUCACUCGCCUUCAUGUCAGGAAGGGAGCCGCAGUUGACUUUACCUCUAUCAACGACUUCACAAGCGUUCUUAGUGGUUUGGUCGGCCCGCAAGCGCAUAUCAAUAGAGACGCUAACGGUGCUUCUGCUGGUAUCUCGACAGGUGCUUCGCGCAACAGGCGCAGCAGGGGAUCGAAUCGAUUCUCCCCAAUGAACAAGAAGCCCGAACCGAAAGAGGCAUUCCGUGGCCCCAACAAUCGAGCAGGUCAGCUGCUUGACUGCAAGCUCUGUGGCAUGAACCCCACCCAUGAGACUGUAGGCCGCAAGCAGUGCUCCAAAUGUGGUCGACGCGGCCACAGCGAUGCCGAAUGCCGCGGAGACAGGCACAUGCCUUGAUUGUCCGGUCCCUACAAGCCUAACCAAGGGCGCAAGUGAAGGAGACAGUGAACUAGGAGCAAGUAAAAUACACAAUAAAAUUGACGCGCAACAUAUCUCAACCGUUAUGGAUAAUGGACACAAUGCCAAUUCAGGC